AUGGGCAGUUCUCAACCCAGAGAGGCUGCGCCCCUGGAUCGUCCAGGUCAUCACCACAAGCAGCGCGUACGACAAUUGGGGUCCUCGGGGAAGGCAUCGGGGACUGCCGGGCCUGUGCGAAGAAGGAUAAGCCGAGCAUGCGACCAGUGUAACCAACUGCGAACGAAAUGCGAUGGUAAACAUCCCUGUGCACACUGCGUGGAAUAUGGACUCGGCUGCGAGUAUAUGCGUGAGAAGAAGAAACGAGGCAAAGCGUCUCGGAAGGAUCUCGCGGAAAGAGCUGCGGCGCAAGCUGCGGCUGCUGCCUCGAGCCUGUCUGGAGACAUAUCCGACGGCAAGGAAUCCAGCAACUCGCCAGCCACCGAGGACAGAACGGAUGGGCUCAUGGGAAACGCUCGGAGCGAGUCCAUGUCGAGCAACGGCCUCGGCGCUGUGCACGACAGCAGUUUGGGCGGUACCGCUUCCAUGGACCCGUCCGAAUUCGCCUCGGUACAAUCAGCCACGACGCCGAGCCAGUUCAGCGACCUUGCCGACCACGCUCACAUGCAACAGCAGCAUUCCUUGCACAUGACGCCGGACGGGAUAAGCGACGGCCGGCCCAUGGGCAUGGGAGCCUACGGCAACCUUUCCACAAGCUACGAUCGGCAGAGCCUCAACAGCGAUGACCUCCUGGGUGGCAGCAACCCGGGGUACGGACAUGCUGCCCACCAAGGCAGCGUGCACGGUUAUCCAGACAUGUCGUUUGGAAUACUGGACGGGCAAAGCCCGAGCGAUUUCAACCAUGGCGGCGGCGGCGGCGGCGUCGGCUUCCGGCUGGCCAACGCCCCUCUCGGAGGCUAUCAAAUGGCGGCUUCUGCCUCGUCCAACUCGGCAUGGGGCGGCGUGGCCGUUCCUGCGCAACCCCAACACGGCCAAUUUCAAACGCCGGUGCAGCAGCGCCCCAAUUACGGCCAAAACGCGUUGCGGUAUCCUGUUCUGCAGCCUCUACUACCCUACCUCUCCAGCAUUGUGCCAAUCCCCCUUGCCUGUGAUUUGAUUGAUUUCUACUUUGCAUCAUCCUCGUCGCCCGCUGAUCUGCAUCCCACGUCGCCGUACAUUCUGGCAUCCGUCUUUCGAAGACGGGCAUUCCUGCAUCCGACGAGACCGAGAAAAUGCCAGCCCGCCCUUCUCGCCAGCAUGCUGUGGGUAGCUGCUCAGACAAGCGAGGCUCCCCUGCUCACAAGCGUCCCCUCGGCUCGCGGCCAAAUCUGUCAAAAGCUGCUGGAGCUGACGAUUGGGCUGCUCAAGCCGCUGCUGCACAGCUCUCCCGAAACGGCUUGCGCAAACCCGGAUCAAGACGUGACGGCGGCGGCGGCGGCUGCCGCUCUCGGAGGUCUGGGCUCGGCACUUCCUGGCCCUCUCAGCAUAGACACUGCUCUUGCCGGGGAAUCCGACGUUUUGGGAGCCUCGUGUCAGCUGGACGACCUCGUGACGUACAUCCACCUAGCCACGGUUGUGUCGGCCAGUGAAUACAAGGGCGCCAGCCUGAGGUGGUGGAACGUGACCUGGUCCCUGGCUCGCGAGCUCAGGCUGGGCCGCGAGCUGGCUCCGAGCGAGCCUCGUCCGAGCUUUGACCCGAGCGAGACGGAGGCUGAUGGCAUGGACGGACAUGACAUACUCCGGAACAGCCCUGGGUACGUUACGGAAGAGACGAGAGAAGAACGACGGCGGGUCUGGUGGUUGUUGUACGUGGUGGAUCGACACCUAGCUCUUUGCUACAACCGGCCCUUGUCCCUGCUGGAUGUGGAGUGCGCGCGCCUUCGACAACCGCUCGACGAUGCUGCGUGGCAAAGCGGAUGUUUCGGUUUCGGUUUCGAUUUCGUUCACGGUCACGGUCACGGUCACGGUCAAGGUAUCGGUCCCCAUUCGCUUUCCCUUUCACUUUCCCGUUCCCGCCCAGCAGGCUCGGGAAUGCUGGGCAUCGUUUCCAAAAACCAAGAGGCUGCCAAGGGUCCAGGGUUCGGCCCACAGUUCGAAUGCCGGGACGACUGCAUCUUUGGGUAUUUCCUGCCGCUCAUGACCAUCCUUGGCGAGAUAGUCGACUUGCACCACGCAAGAAACCACCCAAGAUUCGGAUCGGCCUUUCGAGCUUCCGGCGAAUGCGGCCGCCGGGCAUCAAGAAUCCGGCAGCACCUCGAGUCGUACGAGGAGUCCCUCAAGCGGCUGGAGUUGAGGAAGGCUGCUCAGGCUGCUCAGGCUGCUGAGGGCGCGGAUGGCGGGACGGAAGACACGGCCGUGCUCGAGGUCGGGGGCCUACAUGCGGACGCUGCGCAGCGAGGAGCCGUCGAGGCAACCAGCAGCCCGUCCGCGCACUCUGUCCACACAGCCUCGAGCCGCAUAACAGAGACCGAGGCGCGGGCCCGGGCCGUCUCGGCGUACGGCACCCACGUCAUGCACGUCCUUCACAUCCUGCUCGAGGGCAAGUGGGAUCCGCUGAAUCUCCUCGACGACCAAGACUUGUGGAUCUCGUCGCCCGAGUUCGUCACUGCGUCUGGACACGCCGUGGCCGCUGCCGAAGCCGUCGGCCAGAUUCUCGAGUACGACGCCGGGCUGGAGCUGAUGCCCUUCUUCUUCGGGGCCUAUCUUCUGCAUGGAUCCUUCCUGCUGCUGCUGAUGGCUGACAAGUUGCAAGCCGAGGCGUCGCCGAACGUGGUUCGAGCGUGCGAGACCAUUGUUCGGGCUCACGAGGCAUGCGUCGUCACGCUGAGUACCGAGUACCAGCGCAAGUUUAGCAAGGUCAUGCGAGGUGCUCUGGCACUAGUCCGAGGACGCGUCCCUGAGGACAUGGGCGAGCAGCUGCAACGCCGACGAGAGCUGCUUGGGCUGUAUCGCUGGACAGGAGACGGCACAGGCCUAGCCCUGUGA